CGGCUGCUUUCACAUCCGGGCGGCUCUCUUGCUCCUCCGCAGUCGCAUCCCGCCUCCCUUCCCUGCACUCUCGGCUGGGGAGGUCUGCGCCUGCCGACGAAAGUCCUGAAUUCCGGGCCGUCUGCUCCGUCGUCAGGCACCGGGGCCCCCGCGGCGCUACUCCCCCACAUGAAGCGGGCUACGCCGAUGUUGGUGCACGGAGCUGCGCGCUCCCGCUCGGUGCGACAUCCCCGCGCUGAAGUAGCUUCUUUGGCUAACGUUAGCUAACAGCAUCGAUCGCCGUGCCUCUCCAACCUCAUCUGCCUCUGGACAACCCCCCCGCUACCGAUCCGUCACAUCCACGGCUGAUUGACGGCGGGGAGACCCACACAGACGCUCGUCCUCCGGACACGCAGUGGGAGUUCCUCCCAGACUCCCCUCUUUUUUCUACCUCAUCCUCCCGAUGCGCCCCUCUCCUGCUCCUCGGGUGUAAAAUCCGCAUCACUCCCGGCUCCUUCCUCCACGUCCCCUGCUCCCCUUCUGAAGCCAGCUGGCUGGCGAGUUCAGCUUCACUCCCACUCGCGCACUCCGUCCUCCUUCUCCUCCUCCUCCUCAUCACGCCGCACAGCUCCCCUCCUCUUGCCGGCUCAUCAUCCACACCACAUCAGGUCUCCCGGACGCCCACCUCCAGGCUCCAGGGGUGUCGCCAUGCCGGGUCCAGUGGCCGGUAGCAAGUCCCGAGUGUACGCCGACGUCAACACGCUGAAGAGCCGGGAGUACUGGGAUUACGAGGCCCACGUUCCCAACUGGAACAACCAGGAAGACUACCAGCUGGUGAGGAAGCUGGGCCGAGGGAAGUACAGCGAGGUGUUUGAGGCCAUCAACAUCACCAACAACGAGAAGGUGGUGGUCAAGAUCCUGAAGCCGGUGAAAAAGAAGAAGAUUAAACGAGAAAUCAAGAUUCUGGAAAACCUGCGAGGGGGGACCAACAUAAUCCGGCUGGUGGACACAGUCAAAGACCCCGUGUCCAGAACUCCAGCACUGGUCUUUGAAUGCAUCAACAACACAGACUUCAAGGAACUGUACCAGAAGCUGACAGACUAUGACAUCCGUUUCUACAUGUACGAGCUGCUGAAGGCUCUGGAUUACUGUCACAGCAUGGGAAUCAUGCACAGAGACGUCAAACCUCACAACGUCAUGAUCGACCAUCAGUUAAGAAAGCUGCGCCUCAUAGACUGGGGGCUAGCGGAGUUUUACCACCCGUCCCAGGAGUACAACGUCCGAGUGGCCUCGCGCUACUUCAAGGGCCCAGAACUGCUGGUGGAUUACCAGAUGUACGACUAUAGUCUGGACAUGUGGAGUUUGGGCUGCAUGCUGGCCAGUAUGAUUUUUCAGAAGGAGCCUUUCUUCCACGGUCAGGACAACUACGACCAGUUGGUUCGGAUCGCCAAAGUUCUGGGCACAGAAGAGCUGUUCGGUUACCUGCGGAAAUACCACAUCGAGCUGGACCCGCGCUUCAAAGACCUGCUGGGACAGCAGAGCCGGAAGCGGUGGGAGCAGUUUGUGCAGACGGAGAACCAGCACUUGGUGAGCCCUGAAGCUCUGGACCUGCUAGACAAACUGCUGCGCUACGACCACCAACAGAGGCUGACGGCCACUGAGGCCAUGGAACACCCCUACUUCUACCCCGUGGUGAAGGAGCAGUCUCUGUCCAACUCUGACAACAACAUGGUUUCCAGCGGCAACAACACAGCGCGGUGAAAGAGGAGGGGGAGCUCUCCGUUACCUCAGCUUUGGACCCGGUUCUGACAGAAAGUGACCCGCGAAGGAACUCAGACACACACAUCAGUGCAAGCACACAAACACAAGCAGGCGCACACAAACCCCUCCUCCUCGGUGUCCGUCUGUGGUUGGAUCGUCCCGGUUUCCUGUCCGACAGCUUGACCAGUGAGCUCAAAGCCCCCCCCCCCCCCCCCCCCCCCCCCCCCCCUUCAAACAAUCAUCCUUGAGCUGGUCUAAUCCACCCUCCACCACAAGAUUUUAAAGACCCUCAUUCUUUGUAUCUUCCUUGUAAAUGCAUCAGCAUGAAGAAUGGCCAGGAGUGAACCUGUAUGAGACCAGAACCCCCCCUGUCUGAGCCCCCCCUUCCCCUCCUCAACAGAUGACAGGCGGCAUGGUGGACUCUAGAUGGAAUGACAAUGAAAACUAUAAUAUUAAAUACAAAUAAAUGAUUUUUAUUUAGCUGAA